AUGUCGUUCGCAACAGCAUCAGCAGCCACCGCAGCAUCAUCUCCUGCCAAUUCAGGUCUUCCGUCCGCCAAUGGCGCUGCAGCUGCUCUUAACGCAGGUACACCUACUUCGACCUCCGUGCCCGCCCUCAAGAGUGCCAUCGUUCGCAGCGUGCUGAGCGGUGACACCAUCGUUAUUCGCCCCAAGGGCGUUAACAUUCCAGGCAAGGAAGAGACCGUCCAUAUUGCCGGCAUUGCAGCUCCCCGCCUUGGCUCGCGCGACCGCGAAGAUGAUCCUCAAGCUUUCCCCUCCCGCGAGUAUCUCCGUCUGCUCACUGUAGGUCGUGAGAUUCGCUACCGCAUCGAGUACACCGUUCCCGCGCCUGCAGCUGUCCCCGGUAGCACCGUCGCCCAACCGCGUCAGUUUGCGCACGUGUUCCUGCCUCCUAAAGCGCCUGGAUUGCCAGACACUAACGUUGCCCAUGAGAUCCUCGCCGCUGGCUGGGCCAAGGUUCACGACUCGGUAGCUCGCCGAAACGAAGAGGCCGAUGACGGAAGCUGGAAGCAGAAGCUGCGAAGUGUUCAGGACGAGGCAGCAGCGGCCGGUGUUGGUCUCUGGGGUCCCGACGAUCUCCUCAAGGUUGACCACUCGAUGCCGGAGGACACGGCCGCAUUCCUCGCCGAAUGGAAGGGCAAGCCCAUCGAAUCGAUCGUUGAACAGGUUCGUGAUGGUAGCAUGCUCCGCGUGCGUUUACUCCUCUCGUCGACGCACCAGCAGAUGAUCAACCUAAGCUUGGCUGGCAUCAAGGCGCCCCGCGUCACUGGCGGCGGUGGAGCUAGUCCCACUGACGCUAGUGAGCCGUUCGGUGAAGAGGCCAAGUUCUUUGUUGAGAGCCGUUUGCUGCAGCGUAACAUCAAAGUCACUCUACUUUCGGUACCACAGCCUGUUGCAGCUCCCACGCCCUUUGCCAGUACAGCGACGGCCGCUCCUGCUCCAGCGCAGCCCUCUGCCAGCGUCCUAAUCGGACUCGCGAUUCAUCCGGUGGGUGACAUUGCACAGUUCCUGCUCGCUGCCGGUCUCGCUCGAUGCGUCGAUUGGCACGCAGGUAUGCUCGCAUCGUAUGGUGGCAUGGAAAAGUACCGACAAUCCGAGCGAGCAGCAAAAGAGAAACGUCUGAACCUCUGGCAAUCCUACUCGGCCCCUGUCUCUUCGUCUUCGACCUUGGCGAGUCAGCCCGUCGCUGCUCGCACCUUUGACGCAGUCGUAUCACGCAUCAUCUCGGGCGACACGAUCCAGGUGCGCAAGACGGAUGCCGAUGGCAAGCUCGGUCCCGAAAAGCGAAUCCAAUUUUCCUCUUUGCGUCAGCCACAGGCCAAAGACGCCAAGCAGGCUGGCUACGCAGCCGAAGCGCGCGAGUUCUUGCGAAAGCGACUCGUUGGCAAGACGGUUUCGGUGCAGAUGGAUUACAUCAAGCCCAAAGAGGGUGUUUUCGAAGAGCGAGAGUAUGCCACCGUCAAGCAAGGCAACAAGGAUGCCGACAUUGGGCUGCUUCUGAUUUCGCGAGGUCUCGCUACCGUUCAAAGGCAUCGCCGCGACGAUGAGGAUCGCUCGCCGGACUUUGACCGUCUCAUGGAAGCGGAGGCCAAGGCCAUCACUGAAGGCAAGGGUAUCCACUCUGGUAAAGAGCUCCCAGCACCGCGCAUGGGCGAUGCAUCCGAGACCGCCUCCAAGGCCAAUACGUUCCUCCCUGGUCUCAAGCGUGCGGGCCGAGUGACUGCUAUUGUGGACUUUGUUGCAUCGGCAUCUCGCUUCAAGCUCAUCGUCCCUCGUGAAAACGUUCGACUCACCUUCGUGCUUGCAGGCAUCCGUGCCCCCAAAACGGCGCGAAACGCCUCCGACAAGGACGAGCCGUUCGGCCGAGAGGGACUUGAGUUUUCCACCGUGCAUGCUCUGCAGCGUGACGUCGAGAUCGAGGUGUUUAGCACAGACAAGGUGGGUGGAUUCAUCGGUGCGCUCUACCUGAACAAGAACGACAAUCUUGCUGUCUCACUCGUCGAGAGCGGUCUGGCUACCGUUCAUGGGUACAGCGCCGAGGCGACGCCGUUCUACAAAUCGUUGCUGGAUGCCGAGGAGAGGGCCAAGUCGGGGAAGCUGGGCUUGUGGCACGACUACGAUGCUGCUGCCGAAGAGGCCGAGUAUGCUGAAGCGGAUGAAGUGCGAGAACGAGAAGGUGUCUCGAGCGGUGCUGGUGCGGCUCGUGGUGUAGGCGGUGCUGCUUGGGGGGCCACAGGUGCUGGUGCGGCACCUGCGCCGGCUAGGACCGAGUACGUUGACUGCAUCAUCUCGGACGUGCGUGGGUCUUCUGGCCUCGACGAUCCGUUCAGCUUCAGUCUGCAAGUGCUCAACGACCGGAUUCUUGAACUGGAAACGCUCAUGGAAGAAUUCUCGCUUCACCACAAGUCUCCCACGGCUGCUGGCCCGGCCAGUUUUAUGCCAAGGGCAGGUGAUCUCGUCUCGGCCAAGUUCAGCCAGGACGGUGCAUGGUACCGAGCCAUAAUCCGCAAAGUCUCUCCGGGCCUCAAGGAGGCGCAGGUAUCGUUCAUCGACUACGGUAACAAGGAGAGUGUCAAAUUCAAGGACCUCCGCCCCCUCGACGCUGCACGAUUUGGUCGCACACGCCUACCUGCGCAGGCGCGCGAUGCUCGUCUGUCGUUCAUUCGACUUUACGAUGGCAAGCAAAUUGAGUACGUCGAAGAAGCGCUCGACAGGUUCCGCGCCAUUGCGGCUGAAGGUCGGAAAUUGAUCGCCAACAUCGAUUACACCGAGCCAGGAACCAACAUUAUCCAUGUCAGCUUGUACGAUCCCGAAAGCCCGAGUAUAGGUCAGAGCCCCGAACUGGGUUGCAUCAACUAUGAGCUGGUGAAAGAGGGGUACGCACUGUUGGACGAAAAGGUGAGGUACUGGAAGAGCUAUCCGUUGAUGACCAAGGCGCUGGUCAACGGUUUGGACGAGGCCAAGAGCAGGCAUAGGGGUUGCUUCGAGUACGGUGACCCGACGGAGGACUAG